AUGUCUGGCGCACAGCAUUCAGGCCCACGGCCGGCGACUCCCAAGUUUCCGGUCAAGCAAAUGACAAUUCUUGCGAUGUGCCGAAUCUGUGAACCAAUUGCGUUCAUGUCCAUUUUCCCAUACGCCUACUUUAUGAUCAAAGAUUUCAACAUUACCGAAGACGAAGCGAAAAUACCAGUAUACGCAGGAAUGGUUACUUCGGCUUUUGCUUUUGCGGAGUUCUCAUCUGGCGUUCCAUGGGGUAGGUUGAGUGACAGAAUUGGACGAAAACCAGUGCUUCUCACAGGUUUGGCGGGCACGGCACUCAGCAUGUUGGUGUUUGGGUUUGCGCCGAGUCUGCCAGUUGCGCUGCUCGCCCGGGCUCUCGGCGGAUUGUUAAAUGGAAAUAUCGGAGUUCUGCAAACCACUGUUGCAGAGAUGGUCACCGUCAAGGAACACCAACCCCGCGCCUAUACUAUCAUGCCAUUCGUCUGGUGUCUCGGAUCGAUCCUCGGACCCAUGCUUGGAGGUGCUCUCGCUCGACCUGUUAUGAACUACCCGGCACUCUUUGCCCCUGGAUCCAUAUGGGAGCGAUUUCCAUAUCUCUUGCCAAAUCUUGUCUGCACUUUUAUUGUUUCUAUUGGAGUUGUCGUAGGGAUCUUGUUUCUCGAGGAAACUCACGCCGAGAAGAAGUAUCGACGCGAUCCCGGCUUGGAGGCUGGAAAGUGGAUUCUCCAGAAAAUUUCGUCGUGCAAGAAAUCGAAGAAGUCGGGAUGUGAGAAGGACGGUCACCCUUGCGAGGUGGUUUCUUUGCUGGGCGAGGAUGAGCAGCCACCCGGAUAUCGCACAAGUGAAGGGUCACCACAGUUGCCAUCAACUCCAUCCCCUGAGCCAGAAGAGAUACUUGAUCUGAACGAUUGUCGCCCCGUCUCCCGAUCGAAACCAGCAGUCACAAAAGCAUUCACCAGACAGGUCGUCUUGAACAUUGUCGGCUACGGCAUCCUAGCUUACCACACAAUUACCUUUGACUCCAUGUUGCCGACGUUUCUGAGCAAUCCAAAGGACAUCCCGGUUGACUCUGUGUCUCUUCCAUUCAAGUUUGUUGGUGGUUACGGCCUCAACACUAGGGAAAUCGGUGUCAUACUGUCAGUGCAGGGUUUGUACUCUAUGAUAGCAACCGUUUUUAUCUUUCCGAUCGUGGUCCGACGCAUUGGUGCCCUAGGGCUCUUCCGCUUGCUAGCUCUGUCAUACCCUGCUCUCUAUGUGGUCACUCCAUAUCUGGUACUACUCCCGGAUACUCUUCGCAUGGUUGGCGUUUACAUUAUUGUCAUCUGGAAAUGCACCUUCGCGACCAUGGCGUACCCGAGCCUUGCCAUUCUCCUCACCAACUCAGCUCCAUCGUUGUUGAUGCUUGGUACUAUCAACGGCGUGGCAGCUUCAACCGCCAGUCUCUGUCGAGCCAUUGGACCUACAGUAUCUGGAUUUCUCUUCACGGCUGGUCUCAGUACGGGCUACUCUGGACUGGCAUGGUGGUGCAGUGCAAUCAUCUGUGUCGGUGGGGCUAUUCUCAGCCUUAGUAUGAGCGACAAAGGAGGUCGGAUGGACCCAGACGAGAAGAGUGAAGAACCCGAACUCGGAUUUGAAGAUCACGUUCUUGAUCACAACGCGCUGGACUCCGCCAUUGCCGCCGCCGAGCCACGGACGACUUAUCAAGACGACGAGGAGAUUGACAACCUCAUCUGA